AUGCGCCAUGCCUUAGGGCUUGGGGCCUGCAGAAAAGUAGGUUCGUUUGCGGCCGCUGCCACUGCAGAAUUCCUGCUGGGCCAUCGGCGAUUCACCAGAAUGCGAGCUGCUCCUGAAAGUGGUGCAGCUCAGCUGCCGCGCUUAUACCACGAUGUCAAUGUCAAUCGACCACGUGAUUACUGGGACUAUGAGAACCUUUCAGUGAACUGGGGGUGUCAGGAUGAUUACGAAGUCCUCCGCAAAGUUGGCAGGGGCAAGUACAGCGAGGUUUUUGAAGGCAUCCACAUGGCGACGCAAGAAAAAUGUGUCAUCAAGAUUCUGAAGCCGGUCAAGAAGAAGAAGAUCAAGCGCGAAAUAAGGAUCUUACAGAACCUUUACGGUGGUCCGAACAUCGUGCGGCUUUUAGAUGUUGUCAGAGACCCUCAGUCGAAAACGCCCAGCUUAAUAUUCGAGUACAUCAACAAUACCGAUUUCAAGCAACUCUACCCCACCCUCACCGACCACGACAUUCGAUACUACAUCUUCGAGAUUCUUCGGGCUCUCGACUACUGCCAUUCCCAGGGAAUCAUGCACAGGGACGUCAAACCCCACAAUGUCAUGAUUGAUCACGAGAACAGGAAACUACGGCUUAUCGACUGGGGACUGGCCGAGUUCUACCAUCCCAAUCGUGAGUACAACGUCCGGGUUGCCUCCCGAUACUACAAGGGUCCCGAACUGCUGGUCGAUCUGCAGCUCUAUGAUUAUUCUCUGGACAUCUGGAGCCUGGGCUGUAUGCUCGCUGGCAUGGUAUUCCGAAAGGAGCCUUUCUUCCAUGGCCAGGAUAAUUACGACCAGCUGGUGAAAAUUGCCCGUGUUCUGGGCACAGAUGGCUUGUUUGCUUACCUGGACAAGUACAACCAAGAGUUGGAUCCACAUUUUGAUCACAUCCUUGGAAGGCACUCCAGAAAAGCUUGGUCGAAGUUUGUGACAUCCGAGAAUCAGCAUCUGGUGAGUCUGGACGUGCUGGAUCUCAUAGACAGGAUGUUGGUGUACGACCAUGCUCAACGCAUUUUGCCCAAAGAAGCGAUGCUACAUCCCUACUUCGCGCAGAUCAGGGAGUCAAGCCCGAAGGCUGCAGCAGCUGCAUCUGAGAUGCCCAAGGUAGAUGUGCGAACAUCGCUCAUCCAAAGCUGUGACGAGACCUCUGCCAAUUACAGCCUUCCAGAGAACCUCGUAGAAACUACGCCUAACUGCUCCCGGCCGGCAGAGCGAGAGCUCGGAGCGAGGAGCCUUGCCAUGAAGGCUUUGUGCAAGCCGCUUCGCUGCUUGUCGUUCUUUGGAGGGCGAAAGCCGCCGGAUCAGUACACUGCUGUUGAAGGGCAGCAUUUGUCGAAAGCCGUUGAUAUGGAUGAUGAAGAUGAGGAUGAUUUCUUCGGGGAUUCCUGGGGAGAGGGAGGCGCAAGUUCCAGCGCAUCUCAGACAAAGGAGGCUGAGGCGCAGCGGAGUGGGGUGGAGCGAAAUCCUACCAGAGAAACGACAACCAAGCGGCCAGCUCCAGGCGUUGCAUCGCAGGCGCCAAAACUUGCUGCCAAGAAGCAGGAGGCCGACUUUUUCAAUGAGUUGGGUAUGGAGCCAGAGUAUAGAGCACCAAGGAUUCUUGAAAAGGAGCACGGGCCAGGCCCGAAAGGCUCCUCUGUGAGCUCCUUGCUGGAUGAGACCGCUGAGGUCUCUUCCGCAGCUUGGGGCGAUGACUUGGAGCUUUGA